UAUGUUAAUCUUUGUAUCAUGGAAUAGUCUAAUAUAAAAACUGAUGAUGCAGCUAACUUUGUAUUGUACCUAAUGCUUUAACACAUAGACUUUACCAACUUUUUCUAGAAAAAAAACGUGAAACGGUGCAUUUGAGCAACAAUCGUACAAUUUCGCAAAUCUUGAAUUCUUCAAUUUGAGAUCAGACACAAAAAACACAAUCUUGAAAUCAAGAAUUGCUAUUUUUGGAAAUGGAUCUGCCACCAGAAGAGCUUCAAUUCUUGACCAUACCUGAUAUAUUUCAAGAAUCAAUCACCAUACCAAAGAGAUCUCCCAAAACAUUUUAUCUUAUUACCCUUACUUUAGUAUUUCCUUUAUCAUUUGCAAUCUUGGCACAUUCUUUGUUCACUCAUCCAAUUAUUAGUCAGCUUCAAGAGAACCCAAAUUCACCUCAUGCUUCUCAAUGGACUAAACUCAUUGUUAUCCAGUUUUGUUACUUACUUUUCUUGUUUUGUUUCUCGUUGCUUUCAACUGCUGCUGUUGUUUUUACUGUGGCUUCAAUUUACACCUCAAAGCCUGUGUCUUUUUCAUCUACUUUAGCUGCAAUUCCUAGUGUUUUUAAGAGGCUCUUUAUUACCUUUAUAUGGGUUUCUCUUUCUAUGUUGGCUUAUAAUACUGUUUUCUUGAUUUUUCUUGUGCUUUUGAUUGUUGCAGCUGAUACCCAAAAUGUGGUUUUGUUCCUUUUUUCUUUUUUGGUUGUGUUUAUACUUUUCCUUGUGGUUCAUGUUUAUAUAAGUGCAUUGUGGCAUUUGGCUAGUGUGGUGUCUGUUCUUGAGCCUAUUUAUGGUAUAGGAGCUAUGAAGAAGAGUUAUGAGUUGUUGAAAGGAAGGACAGGAAUGGCAUUUUUCCUUGUUUUUGGGUAUUUGUCUAUUUGUGGAGUGAUUAAUGGGUUUUUUGGGUCAGUUGUGGUGCAUGGUGGUGAUAAUUAUGGCGUGUUUUCGAGAAUUGUGAUUGGUGGGUUCUUGGUUGGAGUAUUGGUGAUCGUGAAUCUUGUGGGGCUUUUGAUGCAAAGUGUGUUUUACUAUGUUUGCAAGAGUUACCAUCAUCAGGCGAUAGACAAGACUGCUUUGUAUGAUCAUCUUGGUGGAUACCUUGGGGAGUAUGUGCCUCUCAAAAGUAGCGUUCAGAUGGAGAACUUAGAAGGCGGUUCCAUGACACCAUGAUGAUGGUGAGAGAGGUGGAGUGUGCAGAUAACAAACUGUGGCUGAGCUGAAGAUAACCCUGAUUGUCAGAAAACCUUGCCAUUUCUCCCUUCUCUGCUCAAUCUUGAGGGAUAAGACAGACUAGACUUUUUCUUUCCUAGAUGUGGAAAUUGAUUCUGUUGUUCCUUUUUGUGCAAAAAAGUACAGAAACCUGUAAGUUUAUUUGAUUGGAUUAGUUAAAAUACUUUUAUCAGUUUAGUUUUACUAUUAGAGUCUUGGUUUAUGUCAAUACUUUUUUAGUGCAAAAAGUACAGAAGAUUGUACUAAUUAAGCUUGUUUGAUUUGAAUUAAUUUAACUAUAAUCGGUUACAUUUACUA